AUGCAGGUGGAACUCGUGCCCGUGCUCUCCGACAACUACGCGUACCUGCUCAUCGACCCCUCCAACCGUGUGGCAGCGGCAGUGGAUCCCGUGGACGCCGCGAAGGUCUACGCCCGCGCCAAGGAGCUGCAAGUGACCAUCUCCACGAUCCUGACCACCCACUCGCACUGGGACCACACGGGUGGCAACAACGACCUCCGUGGGCUCAUCCAGCAGAAGGAGAACCGUGAAAUUCCGGUGGUCGGGGGCCGGGGCAACGCCGUGGAAGCCCAGAGCCAGACUGUGACCGACGGAGACGUCGUCACGGUGGGGGAGCUGCAGGUGAAGGUGUACUUCACCCCGUGCCACACGCGCGACCACGUGCUGUUCCACUGCCAGGACGCGCUCUUCACGGGCGACACGCUGUUCGUGGCGGGCUGCGGCCGCUUCUUCAGCGGCAACCCGGCCGAGAUGCACUACGCGCUGAACGAAGUGGUAGCGGCGCUGCCGGAGGAGACCCAGAUCUACUGCGGCCACGAGUACACGGCCAGCAACCUGAGGUUCGCGGCCCACGUGGAGCCGGAGAACGAGGUCGUGCAGAAGAAGUUGGCCUGGGCCGUUGAGAAGACGAAGGCGGGGGAGCCCACCAUCCCGUCCACGGUCAAGGAAGAGCUGGCCAAGUGGAACGCGGUCUGUAUGCGAUUGUCAGUCGAUUUCUCCGCCUCCGCGCCUGUCUUGUGA